CGACAAAACAUUCUUAGAUAUUAACUAAUCUCAUUAAAAUGUCACUUAAAGAAUGUUUAACAGAUGGAAAUCAUUCUUCAAAUAAUAAAUCCAUUGAGAAUAUUGAUAAACGAUUAUUAGAUAGUUCAAUCAUAGAGAAACCUAUAGAACGUGCUCAAUGGAAAGGAAAAAUUGAUUUUCUUAUAUCAUGUAUGGGUUUUUCAAUUGGUUUAGGUAAUGUAUGGAGAUUUCCAUAUUUAUGUUAUAAAAAUGGUGGAGGUGCUUUCCUUAUCCCUUAUUUCAUCAGUGUCUUCUUAGCUGGUAUACCAUUAUUUCUAUUAGAAGUAACUGUUGGACAAGUAACACGUCGUGGAGUUAUUGCUGCUUGGAAUAUCUGUCCAUUGUUUCAAGGUAUUGGUUAUGCGUGUACAUUGAUUAACUUCUUCCUCAAUUGCUAUUACACUGUGAUAAUGGCAUGGGCAUUUCAUUUUAUUUUUUCAUCAUUCACAAGUCAAUUACCAUGGACAAGAUGUGAUCAAUCAUGGAAUACACCAGCAUGUCGAGUUUUCACUAAUCAACCAAUAAAUUCAAGUACAAUUGAAAAUACUACUCAUAUUAGUAAUAUAAGCUUAAUAACAGUUGAUGCAACUACAGAAUAUUGGGAACGUCGUGUACUGAAAAUAUCGGAUGGUAUACAUGAUAUUGGUACAGUACAGUGGGAUUUAGCUUUGUGUCUCCUUCUCACUUGGGUUAUUAUAUAUUUAUGCAUUUGGAAAGGGAUUAAAACAUCAGCCAAGAUUAUGUAUGUGACUGCACUUUUGCCUUACGUAUUCAUAAUUACUCUAUUAAUACGAACUGCCUUACUUGAUGGUGCUUCAAAUGGAUUGGUUCAUUAUUUAAAACCAAAUUGGUCAAAAUUAACUGAUAUGACAGUGUGGUCUGAUGCAGGGACUCAAAUCUUUUUCAGUUAUAGUAUUGGUUUAGGCGUUCUAACAGCAUUUGGAAGUUAUAAUAAAGUUCAACACAAUUCAUUUCGAGAUUGUUGUUUAUUCGCUCUGGCUAAUACAUUUACAAGUUUAUUAUCUGGAUGUGUUAUAUUUUGUACACUUGGUUAUAUGUCAUAUAUAUCAAAUAUACCAUUGGAUCAAAUAGCUGAAUCUGGUCCUGGACUUGGUUUUAUUGUAUAUCCAAAAGCAAUUGGUACUAUGCCAGGUAGCCCAUUCUGGUCAAUAUGUUUUUUUAUUAUGAUUAUCCUAUUGGGUAUUGACAGUAUGUUUGCUGGAGUUGAAGGAUUUAUUGCAGCUGCAGGAGAUUAUUUUCCUCUUGCUUUGGCGAAUAAAUGGAUUCGUUGUAUAUUUGUCGGUUGUGUAUGUAUUGCAUCAUAUUUAGUUGGUCUAUCAAUGGUCACUAAUGGUGGAAUGUAUGUAUUUCAACUAUUUGAUUAUUACAGCGGAAGUCGUAUCAUAUUAAUCGUAGGAUUAUUAGAAUCAUCAGUGAUUGGAUACAUUUAUGGUUUUAAACGGGUUUCGAAAGAUAUGAAACGAAUGUAUGGAUAUUCAUUAAAGUGGAUCACAUUCUUAUUCUGGUGCAUAACAACACCAUUGUUUUCACUUAUUCUAUUCAUUAUCAGUGUGAUAGUCUAUGAAGAAUUAACUUACAAACGUGCUUCAUUACAUCAACCUUAUCAUUUUCCUGGAUGGUCUGUAAAACUUGGUUGGUUUAUGGCUAGUUCUAGUAUAUUUCUUAUACCGAUUGUAAUGAUUAUUAAAAUUCUUAGAACAUCUGGAACAUUUUUACAGAGGAUUAAAAAAUUAUGCAUCCCUAUUAUUGAGAAUAGUGAUGAAACUAUAGAGACUGUAGAAUCAAAUGUAAACGGGAAUUAA